GUUCCCGACUGCUCUAACAAAAAACCGGAUGGUGUUGUUCACUGCACCUACAAUGAACUCUCCAAAGAGCAGAUCGAAGUGGUGUACGAAUUGGCUCCCGACGGACUAACCCUUAAUGGGCAAUGGUGGUAGCGCGGUUUCACUCCGGAUUUGAUCCUUAUCAUCAUUAUUGGAACAAUCGUAUCCACGAUUCUUAAUCUGCUCCUCUUUAUUCGUUGCCUAACCACUCGGAAAUACAUAAUCAAGGUCUCCGCUAAGCCUAUAUCGAUACGACACGAACCAGAGUCCAUGCAGAUGACGGUUCCACCGUCAUCGGCCGCGACAUCGGCCGCUACGCAGCGUCGUCCGCAUUCUCUCCUUUUUAAUCCACAUGGCUAUGCUAACACGACCCUAUUAGAACGGCUGCAGGUGACCAUGGGCGCAGCGACUAACAAGAAAAAACGUCGGAUAUGCGCUUGCCGCGCAGGGGUGGUUCCCACAGAGAAGCUGGCCAAAACCUAUCGACCGCCACCACGCCGACCCGCCAAACUGUCUGGCAGCAAUAUCAGCUGGCCUACUCAGGUCCGAUGCGGGGGACGACAGCAAAUGGCGCCCAUGUCGGAGCCAAUUAAACGACGCUUUGCACCCGUACCCAAUGAGCGUCCACCUGCCGGCUUUGGUCGGUUCAGUUCGCCCUAUCUUCCGGUUCAGGGCGUACCGCUAUCGCAGUUUUCAGGCGAGCCACUGAUUAUCGAGGAGUCCCUUUACGACGACGUUCCUCCAUCCUCUGUCUACCCCUCGGAUGGGCAAGUUAGUUAA